UUCCGGGGCACGACCAUAUUAACAUCUCUAACAGCUGUGCUGUAUGACAACAAAGAAUUCCCCAACCCAGAAAAGUUUGACCCUGGCCACUUUCUGGAUGAAUGUGGCAACUUUAAGAAAAGUGACUACUUCAUGCCUUUCUCGACGGGAAAACGGAUUUGUGUGGGAGAGGGCCUGGCCCGAAUGGAAUUGUUUUUGUUCCUGACCACCAUCUUACAGAACUUUGAACUGAAGUCUCUGGUUGACCCAAAGGACCUUGACAUCACCCCAGUUGCCAAGGGAUUUGUUUCUUUGCCACCCUCCUACCAGCUCUGCUUUAUUCCUCUCUGA